AUUUUUGAAAGUAGAUGAUUAAGGCUUUUAAAUGAAUAGGAUAGUAUAGUUUUUUUAAUUGGUUAAAUUAAAAAUGAUGAUGAAUUUAUGUUUGAGAGUUAACAAAUGACAACAAUGACAUCUUCCUCUUUAAUUUAUAAUCAUCUAUAAAAUUCUAUACUCUGGUAUACGAUUUUUUUCUGAUACCUCAUUUUUUUAUUCAUUAUAAAUAAUACUGCAAUCAUUAUUAAUAUUCACACCUAGGGGUUUCUGAGAAAUCAAGUAAUAAUUUUUUUCAAGUAUAGUAUGGGUAAGUAAUCUAGGCUAAAGAAAUAAGAAAAAGAAGAGAACACGUAAAUUAUAACCGUACUUUUUGAAUAAAAUUUGUUAAUUAAAAAAACACAAAUUUAACGUUAUCGUGUGCGUUUAUUAUAAUGGAGAAUUACAAAAAAGGUAAAAAUGUUGAAGAACCAUUUGACAGAAACAAAAUACCAAUACCAAAUCUUCCAAAUAACUUUCUUUGGAUGCAGGUACGAGGUGGAAGUAAGAUUAGAAAUCUCUUAAGACAUGCAAUAAACGAAUUUCCCGAAGUGAAACAUGUGGUGUGGACAGGAUUUGGACCUUCAGUUAGCAAAUGUAUCACAUGUGCAGAAAUAAUGAAAAGAGAAUUUAAUAAUUCAUUACAUCAAAUUACAAGAUUAUGUUACAGACAUAUAGAAGAAUAUUGGGAUCCACUUUUACCAGACUUAGAUCAGUUGAUAGUUAGAAGAAAAUUACCAAUGAUACAUAUCUACCUAUCUUCAGAAAAUUUAAAUACAGAUGAAUUAGGGUAUCAAGCUCCAGGUCAAAAAGUAUCCCUUCAAAAAGAAGGAAAUGUUAAUAGCAAAAGUAAAUCUUCUAAUAAAAAACAAAAGAAAAGGAAAAACAAAUCAAGCGAUAAGAAUCAGAGAAAACUGAAUAACGAAAAUCAGAGAACAAAGGAAAGUUCUAGUAGUUCCACUAACAAUAUUUAGUAUUAAUGGCAUUAAUAUUAAUUCAAUCAAUUUUGUUAUUAAAAGAGAUCAUUUCUUAUUGAAGUGUGAAAAUGUAUAAAAAUUAAACACUUGGAAAAUUAAAAAAUUAUAUUGAAAA